AACUAACGGAGCAUCGAGCCCCUACCGGAGCUACCGGGAGGCAGUAGUGUUACAGAGCGAGUCCGCGCCGCCGCCGCCCGCCCCGGAGGAGCCAAACGGAAGAACCGAGCAAUGCGCACCGCCGCCCAGUAACGCAGAAUAGACGAGUGGAGAAGAAGAAGAAGGAGGGAACCGUUAUCGUGAUUUACUAACGGAGGAAAAAAGAGAAAAGAAAGACACGGAUAACGGACGGACCAGCUCCGAGACCACGCGUGAGAAGCGACCAGCUGCGGAGGCUAUAUCGUCUCGGUGUUGCGCUGUGGAUCAAACCGAGCGGAUCCCUGAUUUCAAUGCUUUAACGGCGCUUCUUCCGGCUGCCCAGAAAGAAGCAGAGGGAUCGCAGAGGGAUCGAAGCCUGAGCAGAGAAAAGGGGGGCAAUAAACCAGCGAAGGAAAGAAAAAGGAUUUGCAAUUGAAGUUUCAUUCAUUCGUCUAAUUAUUGCGCUUUCUUCCGUGGAUCCCGGUACCGAUACUCUAUCAAGCUGUGUUCUCUGACCAUGGGAUGUACUCUGAGCGCAGAGGAGAGGGCGGCUCUGGAUCGGAGCAAAGCCAUCGAGAAAAACCUGAAGGAGGACGGCCUCACCGCGGCAAAAGAUGUUAAACUGCUGCUGCUGGGGGCUGGAGAGUCAGGGAAAAGCACCAUCGUCAAACAGAUGAAGAUCAUCCACGAGGACGGUUUCUCCGGCGAUGACGUAAAGCAGUACAAGCCCGUUGUUUACAGCAACACCAUCCAAUCUUUGGCCGCCAUCGUCCGUGCCAUGGACACGCUGGGCCUGGAGUACGGAGACAAAGAGCGCAAGGCGGAUGCUAAGAUGGUGUGCGAUGUGGUCAGUCGUAUGGAGGACACGGAGCCUUACUCUGCUGAGCUGCUCUCCGCCAUGAUGCGUCUGUGGUCUGACUCGGGCAUCCAGGAGUGCUUCAGUCGCGCUCGAGAGUACCAGCUCAACGAUUCAGCGCAGUACUAUCUAGACAGCCUAGAUCGAAUUGGUGCGGCGGACUACCAGCCCACAGAGCAGGACAUCCUGAGGACCCGAGUGAAGACCACAGGCAUCGUCGAGACACACUUUACCUUCAAAAACCUUCAUUUCAGGCUGUUUGAUGUGGGAGGUCAAAGGUCAGAGAGGAAGAAGUGGAUUCAUUGUUUUGAGGAUGUCACAGCCAUUAUUUUCUGUGUGGCGCUCAGCGGAUAUGACCAGGUGCUGCAUGAGGACGAGACCACGAACCGCAUGCACGAGUCUCUCAAGCUGUUCGAUUCCAUCUGUAACAACAAGUGGUUUCAGGAAACCUCCAUCAUCCUCUUCCUGAACAAGAAGGACCUCUUUGAAAGCAAGAUCAGCAAGUCACCGCUGUCCAUCUGCUUCCCCGAGUACACUGGUCUAAAUACUUACACAGAGGGGCUGGGAUACAUCAAGUCUCAAUAUGAGAGCAAGAACAAGUCAUCCAAGAAAGAAGUGUACUCCCACGUGACCUGUGCUACGGACACCGGCAACAUCCAGUUUGUCUUUGACGCCGUCACUGACGUCAUCAUAGCCAAUAACCUCCGAGGGUGUGGCCUGUACUCGUGAUGCUGUUAAACUUUGGCCAAUGGAUGCUGGGUGUUUGACUUGUAUGUGAGAGAGCCCGUCAAAUGUGGGAUCUGAGCUGUGUUCAUGAUGUCAUCGUACUCAUUUCUCAUACUGGCCAAGUUUGAAUUAACUGGUUGGUUGUUGGUGGUUGGUUGGCUGAGACAUCUUAUCUUUUUCAAUCCUAAUUAAGAACCGUUAUUUUAAUCAUACCUUCUAUCUAAAAUCUGUUCUCGCUGUGCUGCAGAUAUUUUGCACAAUACCUAAGCUGAGAGGCAGAACGAGAGACCAGCUGAGCCGAACACAGUCUAGUGUACUGAAUCACUCGUUUUACUAGAUGUAUUUACUUUUUUCCCUUUGAUUUCAAUUUGUGUAUUCAUACUUUUGUAUCAUAAAUUUGUGCCUUAUUUAUACCAAAAGUCGACGCAAACGUGCGUAUGAUUAGUCUUAGUGGAGGUCAAGUUUAGCUAACUCAAAGCUUUAAUCAAAACUGACUUUAUUGCAGGCAUUUCAAGUACUAAGUGUAAAUUUCAGAGCUAUUAAGUCGAUGAAAAUAAUUGUAUGAUAUUUUCAGAGUAGUAGAGUUUUGGGGGGUUAAAUUCCCAGCAGUAUUUGUGCCCACUAAGAAGCUGAGGGGGGAGUUACAGCAACACUGUUGUGAAAUGCAAAUGAUAAAAAUAAUAAUCUAUAAUGAGUUUGGUUUAUUUAAAUGGGAUUGCCACUUUUACGUAAAGUUCCCAUAGUAAAAAACAGAGUACACCCUGGUCACUAGUGGGUGGUCCACAGGGACACCACAGACACACACACCUGCUGGCGGCUUGUUUGUGCUGUGAACUUUUAUCCUCGUCAUCCUCACAUUAAAGGUCCACUCUGUGGACUUUUUAAAAUAAAAUCACGUCAUUCUAAAGAGUCGGGCCGUGAGAACAUACCACGAAAUCUUACUGCUGUGCUUUUAAUCCAAGAUGAAACUUUUUCGGCCCGUGUAGGUUUCAGUAAACCUCCUGAUAUUUUCCUCUUUUGAUUGAAUCUAAUUUCAUAGUGUAAAUGAGUGCAUAAAGAGAAUGUUGUUGCUUGAGCCACGCCGCUGUCAUCAUUAAUCUCUGCAGACGUCAUUCCCGGCUGCAGGCUCAUCUCGCUUCUUGCACGGGACUCCUUAAAAUCAAUUGAAACAAAGAGUCGCAGAAGCUUGUGCCGACUCCCGCGGACAGUUUCCGCCUAGAUAAUGCUUCAGUACAAGUAUUGAUUUUAAAGGGCACUGCAUCCACUGUGUCAGGCUGCACCGUGCAAUAUCCCUGCUGUCCUCCAGUCCACCUUAAUAAACCAGAGGUGAGCUUUGAAAGAUUACAGACUGAUGUGUACGUCCUCUGGGACACAAACGCAGACUCUGUGACUACGAUUGUAUCCAUGCUGUUCUCCCCGUAGCUCGACAUCUGUUUGGAAUUGAUCAUAAAACGAACAGAGAAGUGACGGGCGCUGUUCUGACCCAGCUCAGAGAGAUCAGUGCAGUACUGGAGCUACGUCAUGAGUUCCUCCGUGUAGCCACAGUUAACAUCGUCAUAUAGAAAGUGUUUGUCUGUGAGACGCGAUGGAGCCGACUAAGCCGAGCGCGCUCCCCGCCAAACAGAGUCAUCUUUAUUUAUGAGAAGGGCAUUCGCUUUAUUCCACUUUUCCAUCCACGCACAAACAACCGGAUGUGUUCCCUCUGCUCAGAGCUGCCAUUUUUGGAGCACAGGUAGAUGUCGUCAUCAUCGGCCCGUCCGACCACAUCUGUGCCAAAUUUGGUCAUUAGAAACAGAGCGCUCCCUGAGGCUGUCGCUCAGCCUGCGUGCUGUGUGCCGUGUACUGAUGUGUAUUUUGUGUGUUCAUGUUUUCAGAUUGUAUAUAGUUACCUACGUGUGUCUGUUGAUAGUACAGAAAAGGUCACGGUGUGUGUGUGUGUGUGUGUGUGUGUACAUGCUCAUGAACAUGUGUGUGUGUUGUGUAAGAGACGACAUCAGCCCAUGGGUGAUGCGGUGGAGUCAGCAUCUGUGGAUUAAUUACCCAGAGGGCACCUAUCUACCCUUUCAGCACAGACAGGCCUCAGACACACAAACACACUCACGGGGCUUCAAAAUGUCACGACACCUUAGUUGCCAAAUAAUACUGCAGUUUCCAGCCAAAGAGGUUCACACGGCCACACAACGAGCCGCUGCCACGACUGCUAAAGGCGUUUCAUCGUCGUCUCCUCUGACUGAUCUGUUACAUGUAGAGAAAGGAAAACGAUCUCUGCGUUCUGUGUGAGCCUCUCCUUAGUUUUCACUCUCAGUAGCUUCAUUCAUUCGCUACACUUUGCAUGAAGCUUCUGUUCCUUCCAAACACAAAGCGUUUAGUGUUGACAUGCUGAAUCGGUGCUUAAUCCCAUCGAUCCAAAAAUCAAAGUUCUUCUAUAAAUUCGGAUUUUUUUCCUAAACCGUGGAAUGAUCGCGUACAGAGUUCAAACACGAUCCUUUUCCUCCCCGUCUAUGCAGUGCAGAGGUUAGUAUCACUGCAAUCGCACAUUUCACUCAUAAUAAAACCAAAUCUCCUCUUACCUAAAUGAUUUUCCUCUGUGUGAUACGCGUAGGAGCACAACUGUGCGUCUGAUGCAACAGAUACACAGCUAUUUAGUCACUCCACAUCCACGCUGCGCUGACGACUGCUGCUCUGCAAAGGUGCUGCGCCUCCUGGUAGCCGUUAACACACAGAUGAAAGGAAACCGUUAAGUUUGUGCUGCCGUCGGGCUGACGGUGACAGGACAGCGUCGGAGCUUUGUCUUCCAACGUUAACCUGAGGCACCGCACGGACCUACAGGGAUUCAUGCUGUUUGUCAGUGACAUACUAAAUUAGUUAGAGUGAUCUCAGAUCAGUGUGUGCCUAAAUUUAUUCACAGAACACAACACUUGAAUUUUACUGAACAUACGCUAAAGACGGCAGCUAAUAGAAAAUUUACUGAAUUGAGCAGAAACGUCUUUUUUCAUAAACCGUUCAGUAGAAGUCAUGGUGUACAUGAUGAGAGGUGAAAAGACCAAAGCCAGUCUGUUACGCAAUUAAAAAUGUGAAAGCCUCUUUUUUAGUUGAGGUGAACAGUGUAAGUGCUCUGCUCUGCUUCACCUACAGUGUUUACAGUCCAGUCUCGUCUUUUCAGGCGCCCGGGACGGGAAACGUGCGGUCCUCCACAUUAUUACCUCGUCGUUGUUUCUGCAUCAGGCGAGCUGUAAUACAAUUAGUGGUUUAGGACCAAUCCCAAAUAACAGAAGACAACUGCAACAGUAGGCGAGGUCGAGAGGACAAGAGGAGGACAAGGAAGUAGCAAGUAGUUCAUAUUGAUGGCAAAUACUUCAUUCCUAUAGGGUGCGCUGAAGGACACAUUUGUGGGUCGUUUGUUUGCAUUGUUCUGCUGUGUGGAUAACACAAUCAGUGGCCUAUUCAGCUUUGAGAGUUGGGGACAGCAGCGUGGGUGCGCUUCUGGGCAGCAGGUGGUGUCACAAAAGAAAUGUUAGCACCUUUUGCCAUGUCAUUGCCACAACAGCACAAAAAGCUGUUGAAAUGUCACAAUGGCAGCCAAACCGAAGUGCCAAAUCUUUCCCGUGUUAGGUUUAAAUGAGCUCCUGUGGCCUGUUUUUGCUGACUUAUUUGUACUUUGGAUUUAGAAACUUUUUUGCUUGCAACCUUUUAACAUUCGGUCCCUGCUAAACCGCGCCAGCUGAUGUAAUGUGCACUCAGGCUGCUGAGCUGGGAGAGAUGUCCGAGAGCUGGGGGGACAUGACCGUAACGAACCGUGAUAGCAUCAGGCAGAGUUUAUGCCGCAAACCAUCCUACUUUGGCAAAACGUCCUACCGUAAGUAGUUUAUGCACAUUUCUGCUGUCACAGAGUAAUUCCAGCACCAAUUUAAGUAGGUAUGACGGUUUGCCACUUAACUUUGCCCAUCUGAGUAUGCUUGUAGCUCAUAUUCAUACAGGCAGGAUGGUUUGCCACUUCAUUUUACCCGUUAAAGUAUGCUUGUAGGUAACAUUCACAAAGGUAGCAUUGUUUGGCACUUAAUUUUACCCGUCAGAGUAUUUUUCUAGCUAAUAUUCACAAAGGUAGGACGGUUUGCCACUGAAUUUCGUGUUGUGCGCAUGCGCAGAAACAACGGGUAGGAUGGUUUGCCAGGUAGGAUGGAUUCCCAGAACACCUGUACACAUCAGCGUCCUUGCACUCGCCGUGCUCUCGCUGCUUUAACCUUCCAGUCUCUGUUCAACCAACAUGCUGGUACCAACCAACACUCGCUGUACUGUACAAGUCGCCCACAUCCAGUGUUGCCAACUCCUCAGUAAGGAAAAUCGCUAUUGGCUGUCCUAAAAAUCGCUAGAAGUCGCUAAAUGAUGUCAUCGCCUAAUUUGCAUAAUUGGUCAUGCUAAUGUAAUUGUAACCUACGUUGUUGGAGAGAGAAACAACAUCGUGGAAAAAAGUGAGUAAAAAAACGUCCUAAAUGCAGUUAGAAUUUAUUUAGAACUACAAAUUAAAUUUCUUUUAGCAAUUAUUGUUUUUUAAGAUAAGAUAAGAUAAGAUACCUUUAUUAGUCCCGCGAGUGGGAAAUUUCAUGUUAAGGCUGCCGACCAAUUGCACGCAAUGUCACAAUUCCAACCCUGCUCCUUUAUCCGGGCUUGGACCGGCAAAAGUGACCCGAAAUAGGCACUCUGGUGGAGUUACUUUGUAUGUGUGUGUUUAUUAGUAGUUUUAAACCUUGUGAUCCACAAAACAGCAUAACAGUAAAAGAAGAACUGUCUGCGUUACAGUCAGUGCGGGAGCGGCGGCUUCGCUCAUGCGCGAUUCAUUUGCAGUUUGGACGCAUAGGUGUGAACAUCUCCUGCCCUGAUUAGCAGCUGGGGGAGGACUAUCCUCCGCCUGUGAGCGCUUUGGCACGGGUGAGGUGCACCGGGCCAAAGCACCGCUGCUUGUUGAGAGUAAGAGCGAUACGCGCUUUCACGUCAAAAAGUCAUUAUAUAUAAGUCUCCAAUAACACCAGAAAAAGUCGCCAGAUUUGUCGCUAGUUGCUUUUUAGAAAAAAAAGUCGCUAAGUUGGCAACACUGCCCACAUCUACUAAGCUGUUAUCUGUGCGUGUGCGAGUUUGUAUGAGCGUGUGCCUGCGCGUGCGUGUGAAUGCUGCAUUUUAUCCAUCGCUGUGCAUAAAAUGCAUCUGCUGUAACUCCCUCACUGUUGUCAUAAUUUAUUGGAUGUUGUAUUUAUACAUGAGAUAAAGACAAUAAAGCAUCACAUGAGUAA